AUGGUUACUGCUAUCGACACGACUGAGCCUGAUGAUCCCGAGUUGCCGGUUCGUUUUAAAAAAUAUUUGAUUGGAUUUUAUGAAAUCACGGCUUUCAACUUUCGACUUUGAUUCUUUUAAAGCUAUCGUACGCUUUUUUGAAGCUUCUGCAAUUUCAAGGCACCUGUAGAAGCUAACAAUCGAAACUGUGAAAAAAUUUAUUUUUCUUAAAAGUAAAACCUUUAUAACAAAUAAAACAAAUAAGAUUUAUCCUUUUUUUCCAUAUAUAUUUCUUUAGUCAUGGUAUAUGGAGAAUCAUUGGAAUAGAUUUUUUUUUUGAAAGAUUUGUAGGAGAUGGCAAACAGCGCUCAUCCAACUGAAGGCGAGCCGAUAGCCGCCGAUGACAUCGAUGAUAUCUCUACACCUCUGAAUACGGAAAUCGUGAAGGUUCACUUUUCCUUCUUAACUUCGAACCUGAUUUUCUCAAGGACUGGCACACGGGAUGUUGCAAGGACCUUCGGAGCUAUCUCAUGGGCAAGCUCGUGAAGACAUCGGUCCAGUUGGACAACAUUGAGUCUGUGCGCGACCCAAGAGUUCGACCUAUCCUGGUCCAUGCGCGGCAAGCCGAGAAGGACUUUUUCGAAACGGCAAACGAUAGAGUGGGCGCAUCGAAAACUUGUAAUUUUUGAACGAAUUCCAGGAAGAAUACUAUCACAUGAUAGCCGUCAAGUGUUACAUGAUCACCAAAGAAAUACAAGAGCGGAGAAACUUGAACUGA